AUGGCUCUAAAACACCUGCUCCUGCUAGUGCUUUGCGCCGUGCUCUGCAGCGCUGCGGGGCAUCUGAGCGAGAUGCGCAGUACUUCUUCUGGAGGCUUCGAAGUGCUUCCCAUCUGGACCGAGGACGCUGGCAUGAGCUAUCUCAUCAACGUUACCAUUGGAGACGACGAGCAGAUUGUCCCGCUCAUCUUCGAUACCGGGUCGCCCGACAGUUUCCUCAAUCCAGACUGUUUCAGCCUGAUGGACAAUGAUGCGUUCAAUGAUUGUGUCGAUCGCCCGCGCUACAAUGCCUUUACGUCCUCGACAUCAAAGUUCACGGGCGGUUCGCUCAGGCUUGAGUUUGGAAUGGGUAUGGUGUAUGGAACCUACGUGAGCGACGAAGUCCGCCUAGGAACCUCCAUUUUCAAAGCCAAACACCUCGGUCUCGCAGCCACAUCCAACCACAUCACCAACGGCAUCUUCGGCGCCGGACGAAGCGCCCUCGGUGCCUCACCCUCCCUCAUCGAGCAAAUGGUCGCACAGGGCGUACUCAGCAGCUACGCCUUCAGUCUCGACUUGGGCCCGCGCAACGACUCCCGUCCUGGGAGUCUUAUUCUCGGCGGCAUCGAUAGAAGACGGUUUCAAGGCGGUCUGUCUAUGCUUGAAGCAAACGGCUUUACAACCCAUCUCACUGGCAUGGGCAUCACGCUCCCAGACGAUGUCAUCAUCCCUUUUGACAUCCGACCUCCCCUCUCCAGCCCGCCCCGUACAAACUCCACAACCACAACCAGCAGCAGCAGUCUCCCCGUCCAUCUCGACUCCGGUACACCAUACAAUCUCCUCCCCGAAACCAUGCUCACCCAGAUCAUCGACUCGUACCCCGCCCAUGUAACGCAGCAGCGUACAGAUCGGGGUGCUCCCACAAACCAGGCGGAAACGUCGUCUCUGUCCGUCUCUAGCCAUUUCACAUUCCCCAACCACACAAUCCACGUCCCGCUCUCAGACGCCCUGCUGCAUCUUGCUGGCGGUGUGUGUGCGUUGCCGUUUGGUGUGCCGACUGGUGUUUGGGAGACUGCUGGGGAUGGAAACACAAAGGCCACCGACAUGCCAAACGCGCGCCCAACAACCGCCGUUCCCUUCCUCCUCGGCACCAGCGUCCUGCGCGCUGCAUACUUUGUGUUUGAGCCGCAGCAGGGGAGGAUGUGGGUUGGGCGACGGGCGGGGUGUGGGAGUGAGGUUGUUGGGAUUGGGGGGAUUGGAGUCGGAGGGAUAGGUGAGGGGUGUGUUUAG